UUGAAGUGAUCAAAGUUUGAGGUUAUGUUAUUAAUUUCAAAAAGUGGAAAAACGUUUCAAGUUUAUUUAAAAUAUCGUUUCAAUUAGAGAUUUUAGUGUUUUUUUAACGGCGUUUAUAUGUGUAAAAUGGAGUGCAACUCAGAGGCCGAAAAUUCGGACGACGGAUUACAAAUUGUUGAAAGCCCCCGACCGAAAAAGAGGAUGAAGAAAGAACUGAACGAGAAAGAUAAAAAGAUAAUUGAGUGUGUUGAAAAAGAUUUGGAAGAGAAUUUGGAAGAGAAAGCUGCAAAAGCGAAUUUAACAGCAAAUAAUGUUAAAAACAUCAUAAAAGAAGUUGUGACCAAUGAACACGUUCUGGCUUUGGUCAGACAAGUUGAAAAUCUUGAUCAAAAUGAAGAAAUUGUUCCAGUGUAUGAGCCUAAAUUUACCAGGGCUAAAACAAAGCAAUUGUUAUCAACAAAUGCUCCAGCCAUUCCAUGGAACGAACCACCGAAAAAAGUGUCUGCAGUUCAAAAAUUAUUUACUGAAGAUUUACAAGAAGAGUCAUCUGGAGAUGAAUAUGUUCCUGAAACUCCAACUAAAAAUACUUCUUUUGAUAGCCAAUUGGACACAUCUCAAGGGACUGUAAGAGAUGAGGCAGAGGAAGCAAACAUUGCCCGUAGGACAAGGUCAAAGUUAAGUCUCAGUCACACCCCUUUGGAAGUGAUUGAAGAAGCUUUUAUACCUCCUGAUAUCACUACUGACAUGUAUGAUAUGGAUUGUGAUGAUGACGAAUGGAAAGAAUUUUUGAAAACAUUCACAAGACCUUUAGAUGAAGUCACUAAGACUGCUGAAGAUGAAGACCAUGAUCCUGAAUAUAACAUACUUGCAGAUGAAGAAAUUGAUGAAGUGGAUACAGAGGAAUUGCGGGCUGAUCGAGCUGUAACCAUUUCGCGAAAAGAAUUCAACCAACUAAUGACUGAAUUAUUUGAAUUCGCCGACAAUUAUGAAUCGAAUGAAUUAAGUAAAACAAAUUCUGAAGAUGUAACCACAAUUCCUGAGCAGCAGAAAACCAAUUCAGAAUCUGAUUAUGAAAAUGAGGCAGAUAUUUCAAUCAAAAAAAGCCAAAUACCCAUUUUAGCCCAACAGAUGAGACAGCACAUUCAAAUGCUGACACAGAAUUUUUUACUGAGUUACGAACACCCUGAAUUUUCCGACUUGGCAGGAAAAGUCAAAGAAAUGCUUUUUGACUUAAAAGCGGAAACAGACGGCAAAACUGCUUCCAUUUACCACGUAAUUAAUUUAGAACCUGCAUUAAAAUUGAUAGAUGAUUGGGAAAAAUUAUUCGCAAGUAAAAACAAUGAAGUGAAAGAAUGCAAAAAAUAUGUUGACAAAGUUCUUUUUGAAUCAAUAGCAGCUAGAAAAGCUGGGACUGAAUACGUUGUAACAUUUCCACCCUUAUUACUCAAAACUGUCUCAAAUAGUGAAGUUUUUAUUUAUCCUGAUUUACUUCCAAGAAUUCCAUUUAGAUCGUUUCAUGUUACAAAUCGAAGAAAAUAUUAUUUUACUUCUGGAGAGGAAAAUUUGAUUGCCUUAUUUUUGGAGCAGGCAAUUCCGUUCAUGAAACAAGAUCCACAUCAUUUAAAUAAACGCAAGAAAAUUAAUAUGGAUCAUGUUUGUUUCCUCAUAAAUAAAUUCUUAAUGCCUCAUGUGCCCCCACAGAAAAUUCUAAUACACAUUAGGAAGAUAAAGCAAAUGGAUGAUGAAUCAAAUCCAAUCAAGUUUUUCUACACUCACAAAAAGGCACCACCUACUGUACAUUAUGUGGUUCCUGUAGAUGUCAAUAAUUUGUGCCCUCCUUGUAAGAAAAGUCCGGAGUCUCUUCCCCUUUUGUGGCGACAGUACAUCUAUCCAAAUUAUAAGCAAGAAAAACCGAUCGAAUACAAUACUAACGAAAAUAAUAAUCAAAUAAUAGUUGUAAAUCCACCGGUGCAACUGUGUCCUGCAACUACAAAAACGUCCGCGUCGCGUUAUUUAAAUUUUUCAAAGAAAAUAAUUUCGAAGAGAAAAUUACAACCAAACGGGCCGCUUCCUCCUUUAUUGGUACGAAAAACACGACGUAGAGCACCGAAAAAGAGACAGUCUUCAGUGGAAGUAUUAAGUGGUGACAAAACUGUGAUUAAUAAACUAACAAUGCUGCCUGAUAUGCCAAGUUUGGGGGGCACCCCCAUAAAAAACACUCCUGAACCAGAAACGAACUCAAAAGAAAAUAGUACAAACUCUAGUGAAAAAGCUCCAGUUCGACAGAAUUUGUCCUUUGAAAACAUCACCAGUUUUAGUAUAGAAUUUCAGAAACCGGAUUCCACAAGACAUGCUACCAGCUCCGAUACAAAGGAUAAUCCAGAUGAUAUUAAUGAGCUAAUGAUUGCUAGCUCAACUGUUAAAAGUGUGACAAAGAAAGAACCAUCAGGUGCUGAGAAAAAACGGGCGAAAAUGCGACGAGAAUUCAUCGCUAACAUUGUGAUGGCAACACCAGAUAAUCCCGAAACAGAGCUUCAAAAAGAAGAAAGUUUUGCGGAAUCGUUUUUUGAUAAACUCCAUCAAACAUUAAGUUUGGACGAUUUUAAGCAACUUAUUAAUAUUUUGAGUCAUUAUGAUGAAAACAGCGGCCAGUUUGUGGAUCUUUACAAAAAUGUACAAUCAAUUCUUUUUCCUAAAUAUAAAGAGUUGUCAGACGAAUUUCUUCUGUUUCUCACUGAAAUACAAGCUAAGAAGGUGGGCCAGCUUAUGCCUUAUUUUCUAAUGAAAGAUAUGCAUAGAUUUGUGAACAAGUUGCACACUUAUUUCAAAGAUCAACCCUCACAGUUAAAAAAAGUUAUCAAAUGUAUUAGUGACUUGACGGAAAAUUCUGACCUAACAAUGGAAAAUAUUAAGAGCACAGUUUUGCCUUUAUUUAAAGGCAAUGCGGCGUUAACUGAUUGGUUUUUGCAAAUUUUCCCAUAUGAGAGGCCUCCUAAACUUUUAACAGGGAGGCCCCACGAGGUCAUUGAUUGGUCGAAAGAAUUGGCAAGACCCCCAGAUUCUGAGAUUUGUGAAACUGUGGUAUUACCAGACAUGGAUGAUCCUUAUGGAGGAUCUAGUUGUAUUUGUUCUUGUCACAAUGAUGAAAAUCUGCAAUUUAAAACAAGGUCACAACAUUGCAAAAAUUGUGGAUUAAAGUUUAUUCAAGGCAAAAUUUUUAUUAAUACUGGAAAGAGUUUGCGACCUGCUAUAGUUUCAUUUCUCACAAAUCCAGAAAAAGACCACACGAUUCGCUUAAGUGCUACACAAAGGAAACGCUCCGAUUCGAGUCCAACUAAACCAGGUGCAUCACCCAAUAAAGAAAGUCACACUGGGGAGGAACCUCGGCAUAGCCACGAAAGCGGGGAAGAAUGUGACGGAACGAAGAAAAAGAAACAGCGGAAACGGAAAGUAAAUCGGGAAAAGCCGGCCAGUAAAACAAAGAAAGAUCCCAAACCAAAACCGGUAAAAAGUUCGCCGAAACGACAAAACAAAAAACGUAGUGCUCCUAAAAAAAAUCCAGAACAUAAACCGGGAUCGAAAACGGGUCAGGCGAAACGGCCAGCGGAACAAGAAAUUGAGUAUUCCGAACCGGCCGAAUUUGUUGAAUUAAAAGUCAGUUCUGACCAUAGCGGAGAAUCUGCAACCGAGUGUUUUGAGUCGUCUCAAGAUGCCACAAACACCGACAGUGAUGAAGCAGUUGGUUCAACAAAUGUAAGUGGGCCACAAAGCGUCUCCUGGAGUAGAGAAGAAGACAAGAUUAUUUUACAAGCCUUUAGAGAACGUAGUGAUGACGAGGAAAACUUCAAACAUAUUUCCCAAGUGUUGCAAAACCGAUCCGUUGCAGAAAUUAAAAACAGGUUCCAUAAACUGAUGAGUUUGUUACAACAAAUGGCAUCAAAUUCGUAACUAAUCCAGGGUCCCAAGUGGUCACUUGAGGUACUGUCACUUUUUGGUAACAGAUAAUGGAAUCGCCGGGUUGGAACACAACUGUUUUAUCUUGUAGUCGAAGGCCACAUUCUACAU